AUGGAGGCCAGCAACCAUCAUGACGGGGGCCAUCAUUCUGGGCCAUUCGUUGUAGAUGCCCGUUUAUCAUCAAUUGCAAAAUGCCCUCAGUGUCAGAUCGAUUUGCCUUCUACUGAUGCGGUGUUAGAACACCUCCAGAAAACAAACGGCUGCUGGCCUCAGGUGCAGGAUUACCGUAUUCCUGUACCACCUGCGCUCCUUCAAUCUACUUCUGAAGCAGGCAAAGACCGCAUCUUUGGGCAGUACCACCCAGGCUAUGUAUUUGGGAAGGCGCCAAACAUUCUGGAGGCGAUGGAAAAUGACCGAUUUGCUUACCGGCGAUGUCAUGCUCCAUUCUACCCCUUUCAAGACCAAGCAGAGUUUGAGUUUGCAAAAUUCCUCUGUGAACGGUUAAUGCAAAGCGAUAUGGAGCGAUUUCUCAAGCUGGAAUGGGUACGCAGAGCUAAUCCGUCGUUCAGCUCCAAGGACCAGCUACUCGCAUGGGUAGCUUCGCUUCCAACUGGACCAAAAUGGUGUUCAACAACACUCGAAAUCAGCGGGUACCCAACUGUCCAACCGAUAAACCUCAUCUGGUGCAAUGGCUUAGAGGUAGCGCAAGAUCUCUUCGCAAACCCAAUCUUUGCGAACCAUAUGACAUAUGACCCGCACGUUGUGGUCGAUGGUGGUGAGCAUGAAUAUAGUGAAUAUUUUACAGCUCAACAAGCAUUUGAGAUUCAGGAUCAGCUUCCCAAGGGCGCUACCAUCAUUCUGAUGAUCAUCACAUCUGACAAGGCACCUGUGACGCAGCACACUGGUGGGCUUGAAAUGCACCCCAUUUUUGUCACCAUUGGCAACAUUCAGUCUGACGUGUGGAUGAGAGCAACGUGUCACACUUGGCGAUGCAUUGCAUAUAUGCCGAUUCCUAAAUUUGUUGAUGUUCAUCCUGACUACCAAACCAUUCUGAGCCAACGGCUAUUCCAUAAGUGUAUGGACAUCAUUUUCGCAGAUGCUAAGGUCGCAGCCAUGGUGGGGAAGUUCAUACCUGAUCCAGCCGGCCAUGUACGACACUGCUUCACACCUUUGGUUGCGUACACGGCAGACUUGCCAGAACAGCAGGCUAUAGCAUGUGUCUCGAAGGAGGAAGCCAAGGCCCAUUCGCUAAGUGGCAUUCACCAGCCUUUUUGGCGGAAUUGGCGAUAUGCAGAUCCUUCUUGUUUUCUAGUAGGAGAGAUUCUUCAUACUUGUCAUAAAUUUUUCUUUGACCACCCAUUCAAGUGGUGCAAAGAAGCAGUGGGGAAGGACGAACUCAAUUUCUGUUUCGGAAGCCACCACAAGAGAGUAGGAACGCCUCAUUUUUCAUCUGGAGUGUGUCAGAUGAAACAAAUGACUGGCCGGGAACAUCGGGAUCUGCAACGCACCUUGGUUCCUUCUAUUGCCGGCAUUGUCCCCCCCCAGCUGGUCCAUGCAAUUCGCGCUUUGAUCGACUUCAUCUACAAGGCCCAAAGCCCUGUUUAUUCUGAUACCUCUGUUGAUUCUAUGGUCGCCUUGCUCGAAGAAUUUCACCACCAUAAGCAUGCGAUAUUGGAUGCAGGAACACUUGACAACUUUAUCAUUCCAAAGCUUGAGCUUCUGCAGAGUUUUGCUGCGUUCACCAAGGACACUGGCGCCCUCACCCAAUGGACUGCUGACACAUCCCGCCAGUCACGGACCUUCACAGAGCAAAUUUUAUACCUCUUCCUAUGGAUGCACGACUCCCCCCUUGCCAAUGCCAUAGUCACGGAAGAGCAAGAGGUCACUGAAACUGACCCUGCUCUUGCGUGGAUCGCCCACAUUGCACCUCAUGAUCCCAAUCAAUGGUGUUUCGUGGGGCCGUGUCCUGUUCGAAACCAUUUUUUGAAGGGUAUCCUAUCUGCCACUGCUACGGCUGCAUUUCAUGUCACUGUGUCUCUCAACGAAGUCCAGCAGCUUUACGCACUACCAGAUUUCAGACGAGCACUUUCUGAUUAUAUUGCAAAGGCUGCUAAUGGUCAAUGUACGACAGCGUGGAGUUGUAACCGUGGUCGCCUCAAGACAUGGAACAAGUUUCGAUUACAGCUGCAUUCUGUCUUUCGCUCGUGGAUGAUUAUGCCUAGUCAAGUCGUGCAGGCUGCCCCACCAUCAGAAAAGUUUCCUAUGGGAAACUGCGAUGCUGUGAUUACACAGUCAAUACAUGGCGACCAGACAGUUAAUCUCGUUGCUCAAGUGCGAGCAGUCUUCCAGCCCGUUGCGCCCCGCCACGUCACACUUCCCCACUACCUUGCGGACCAACCUCUCCUUUAUGUGCAGUACUACGAGAUUGUCGCCAAUCCAGGUGAUCAACCUGCUAUCAGUAUGUAUACGGUAGCACAAAAAUAUCGGGAGGGGCUCGCAGGCCAGCAAAGACUGGGUGCAAUCAUCCCUAUCACAGAUGUCACGCACGCGGUAGAGCUUAUCCCUGUGUACGGCGAGGGCGCUAACUGUAUGGUGAGUGCAGCAACGAGUAUGGAGCUUGCAAUUUAA